UCAGAAAACCACGGUCAAAAAUGUUAAUACUUCCAUCACGAUAAUUGAUUGAUCAAUUUGAACACUGAUAAAAACUUGUUUUAUCAAAGUGUUGCGACGAAGUCUUAUGUAUAUGUUCGGUAAGUCGUACACCAAAUGAAUGACGGUUAACAAAACAUCGCGUUUGGAACGUCAUGUUAUUACGAACAUUACACAUUAGCAACAGUAAACAGCGAGGUCGUUUAACAGUAACAACCGGGCCGCAUGCCCAUUGUUGUACUUCCCUCGAAACGUUAACAUUUUCACGUGUCGUCUGCGGCAAUGUCAACAUGCAGGCAAGUGGGGGUGUUGGUCGCGUGAGUGGGUGAUCAGUCGGUCUCCGCGAGUGAGAGGCGCGGGCGUCAUACACCGAUUCGCCGGCCUCGCAAAACGACUUUCGGUAACAAAAAUAACUUUAUUACGUCAAAUAUAAAGUGCAUUAUCCAUUGGUGAUAACAGUGUCCCGUGUAGAUUUGUGAUUGUAAUAAAAUGACUGAGGACAACACUAUGAGUGAUGAUUUGAAACGUCAAGCUGCUAUGUUUUACAAUUCAACGGAAAGAGAAAAAACAAAAGAGCAGUCAUCAUGGCGCUUCUGGCAGAAACGUCGACUGCUGGUCGCUCUCCUCGCGUUCUUCGGCUUUUUCAACUGCUAUGCGCUGCGGGUCAACCUCUCCGUCGCAGUGGUCGCCAUGACAGAACCCGUAGAAACGGAACUAGAGAACGGGACUAUUAUUUACGUGCCGGAGUUCGAUUGGAGUUCCCAAACCAAAGGUCUGGUGCUGAGCUCAUUCUUCUACGGUUACCUGGUGACGCAACUGCCAGGCGGCUGGCUCGCGGCUAAGAUCGGAGGUAACAGGGUGUUCGCAAUCGGUAUCGGCGCGACGUCUCUGCUGACCCUGUUUACGCCGCCACUCGCACACACCAGCACUGCGCUUUUAAUCGCCGUUAGAAUCGUAGAGGGACUUUUUGAGGGUGUGACAUACCCGUGUAUCCACGCGGUGUGGUCGCGGUGGGCGCCGGCUUCUGAGCGUGCGCGGCUGGCCACCUUCGCGUUCAGUGGCAGCUACGCCGGCACCGUCGUCUCUAUGCCGCUCUGUUCUCUGCUCGCGCACUACACCGGCUGGCCGGGGAUAUUCUACGUCUUUGGUAUCCUGGGUCUAGUAUGGACGACAAUAUGGUGGUUGGUCGUUAAGGAAUCGCCGGAAAAGGAUCCGCAUAUAACCGCGGCAGAACUUAAAUAUAUACAGGAGUCCCGCGGAACUCAGACUGUGGAGGGGGCACAGUUGCGCCACCCCUGGUGCGCCAUGCUCACCUCUCCGCCAGUCUGGGCUAUUGUGGUCGCCCAUUUCAGUGAAAACUGGGGCUUUUAUACGCUUCUUACAUUCCUACCCACAUUUAUGAAAGACGUGUUCAAGUUCGAGACGUCGUCAGCUGGCUGGGUGUCUGCGCUGCCGUACCUCGCGAUGGCGCUGGUGCUACAGGUGGCCGGCCACCUCUCCGACUGGCUGCUGCGCCGCGGCACCUUCUCCCGUACCAACAUACGCAAGAUCUUCAACUGCGGUGCCUUUCUAUCGCAGACAAUCUUCAUGGUUGCAGCGGCGUACUCAAGUAACGUGGUAGCUUGCGUUGUGUUUCUCACCAUUGCUGUUGGUCUGGGAGGAUUCGCUUGGUCAGGAUUUAGUGUAAAUCACUUGGACAUCGCACCACCCCACGCGAGUGUGUUGAUGGGUCUAUCCAACACGGUGGCCACACUGCCAGGCAUCAUCAGCCCGCCGCUGGCAGGCGCCAUCGUCACUGACAGGACAGCGGAACAAUGGCGGAUCGUAUUCUUCAUAUCAAGCGCCAUCUAUCUAGUGGGAGCUAUUAUUUACGGUUGGCUUUGUUCCGCGGAACGUCAGCCUUGGGUUGCUGAAUGCGAAGGCGCAAGCUUCAGCACAGAUGGCGCCUCCGUCACCACCGCACGGGGCAUAGACAACAAAGCCAUGGACCACACGGAAAUGUAAAACAACAGGCAACAAAAAUCAAGACUAGAUCAUAGACAACAGACAUGUAAAAAUAGAACCAUAGACCACAAACAACAAAAAUCAACAUGAAAGGUGUUUUACGGGACACUUUUCUACAUUACGUUCGUACGCGAAAAUAUUUUUUAAAUAGACAAAUAAGUCCCUAUUUUGAGCAAAUUUAUGUACAUAGUGUAAUCAGAAUUAAACACUUUUAAAAUUGACCAUGAAAAUUGUAGGAUUGCCGCUGGAACGGUAAAAUUGUAAUAAUUUAAAUGUUGUUUCAUUGUCUAAUUCUAUUAAUAAACAUUGAUACUGGAAUUUAGUUUCCAUAGCUGCUUUAAAAAUUACUCUUGCAUUCUUAUUUGUAUUAUUUGUAGAGUGGUUUAAUCUCAAAGCUUGUUUUCUUAGCAAAAUUUAGCCGAAUCCAACUCAGAUAGGUCUCGCCUAUGGAAUUUAAGCUCCUAUAGGCACUGUAUGUGACUAGACCAUACUUAAUAUGUCGCCUUGACAAUGCGAAUAAAAAGUGACGCUGGAAUUCAAUACUGUAAUCUCAAAAAUGUAUCAUAGUUAUCGGAUUUAGUUGAUGUGAUAUUUAUUUGUAAGUUGAGUUGCGUUCAAUGUGAUUUGUUCAUGAAGUAUUUGUAUAUUUCUAAGUGUAAUAAGAA